AUGGAACAAAAGUUACAAGAGCAUGAUACUACCUUACUUCGUUUAGAAUCUGUGGCCACCAAGAAUGCUGAGAAUAUAGCAUCUAUGAAAACCCAAAUGGAAAAUCAAAUGAAUGAAAUCAUUCGGAGUAUUCAAGCUUUGAGCAACAAUCAAGGUCAACAGGCACAAGUUCAGCAGAUUGUUAGUCCUUAUCAUAACAGCAACAAUAGACUCACAAAGAUGGAGUUUCCAAAAUUCAAUGGAGAGAAUAUUGAGGGAUGGAUGUGCAGGGUGGAACACUUGUUUGAUAUUGAUGCUACCCCUGAAAAUCUUAAGGUAAAGUUUGUAAUAGUUCAUUUGGAAGAUAUAGCUUUACUUUGUCAUCAAUCACUUGUGAAAUCUAGAGGGGGUAGUAUUGAGGGGAUGUUGUGGAAUGAGUAUAAAGGAUUUAUUCUUGCAAGAUUUGGGAUGGGUCUUAAUCAGUAUGCAAUGGGGGCCUUAGUAGAUCUGAGACAAACUGGGUCUUUGAGUGAAUUUUGUAAGGAAUUUGAUUUAGCUUUAACUAGGGUCAAUAUUUGUGGUGAGUAUGCAGUAAGUCUGUUCUUGAGAGCCAUUAAGCCUGAAAUUGGUAAUCCAUUUAAGUUGAUUAGGCCAAGAAAUUUGCCUAAGGCAUACAUGCUGGCUAGAAUUCAAGAGGAUGAUAAUGCUUCUUAUAACCGGUAUAGUAAGCCCUUCAAAACUUCAUUCUCUUCUAUUAAUAAGCCUACAGGAGGUCCUAAUAUUCCAUUGUUGCCUGCACCUUUACCUAAGCCUAAACCUAUGAGUGCUAGGAGAUUGUCUCAUAAGGAAAUUGAAGAAAAGAGGGCUAAGGGGGAGUGUUUUGGGUGUAAUGAGAAAUAUACACCUAAUCAUGUUUGCAAAAACAAGCAACUAUUCUCAAUUGAAAUUAUAGAUAUAGACUGUAAUGAUGAAAAUACCCUUCAUGAAAUGGUGAUGAACCCUUUUCAAGAUCAAGAGCCAUGUAUUUCAUUGAAUGCAAUCAUGAGAGUGCCUUCUUAUUCUACAAUGAGGGUCAUUGGGGCUAUUGGUACUAAACCCUUGCAAAUUUUAAUAGAUUCUGGAUCCACCCAUAAUUUUUUGAAUUUAGAAUUGGCCCUAAGAAUGAGAUAUCCUAUUAAGGAAGUGGCUGAGUUGAAUAUCACUGUGGCAGAUGGCAACAAAACGUCUUGUACUCAAUUGUGUGAAAACUUCAAGUGGAUGAUGCAGGGAAAUUGGUUUAGUACAGAUGUCAUGCUUGUUCCUUUAAGCAAUUAUGACAUGGUUUUAGGAGUUCAAUGGCUGCAAACUUUGGAUGAUAUAAACUGGAAUUUUAAGCAACUUACCAUGAAGUUUAAGAUGAAUGUGCUGUUGAGUGACCCUAAAGGCAUAGCAAGUACACAGCUGUAUAGUUUGCAAACUUUGGAUGGUGAUAUUUUCCAGCAUGAAACAAGGGUUGUUCAGAACAAUGAAAAUGAAGCACUGAAUUCUUUAUUGAAGAAAUAUGAUGAUGUUUUUGUUGUGCCUACUGUUUUGCCUCCUAAGAGAAAUUGUGAUCAUAAGAUUCUUCUUAAAGAUGAGAGCAUCGCCAUCAAUCAAAGAGCAUAUGGGUAUCCUGCUCAUCAAAAAAAGAUGUGA